ACUUCUGCGUCUUUUCUUAUUAGUUGUGUGACAACCUUGUUAAUGUUACCUUGUAUAGCUGUGGCCAUGAGGCUCAUGGAUAUAUCUGGCAGAAGGACCUUGCUGCUGACCACAAUCCCCGUCUUGAUAGUGGCUCUUCUGAUAUUAGUAGUAGGGAGUCUUGUAGAAUUCAACAGUAGUGUGAAUGCUUUUAUCUCAACUUUGAGUGUCAUUGUCUACUUCUGUUGUUUCGUCAUGGGUUUUGGGCCAAUUCCUAAUAUCCUUUGUUCAGAGAUCUUCCCAACUAGAAUUCGUGGUCUAUGCAUAGCUAUAUGUGCUCUUACAUUUUGGAUAUGUGACAUCAUCGUCACGUACACGCUCCCAGUUAUGCUUAAUUCUGUGGGCCUUGGUGGUGUUUUUGGUAUGUAUGCGAUCGUAUGCAUCAUAGCUUGGGUGUUUGUCUUCUUAAAAGUUCCAGAAACCAAAGGCAUGCCACUGGAAGUGAUAACUGAGUUCUUCUCUGUCGGGGCAAAGCAAGCCGAAGCUGUCAGUGGUAGCUGAGUUAACAUUAUUGGAACUUUUCUUCAAUAUAAAAUUGAUUUCAAUAUAUGGUUUACUCCUCUUCAGGCACCCCUCCAACUUAAAAUAUCUUCAUUGUGGGAAGGGAUUUGGGAUUAUAAUCUAUUUCUUUCGAAAUUGAUUUUAUAACCCAUAUUUCGUGAUUUAUAUGAUUUUAAAGGAAAAUACUGUUACUUAUCUUAGUCGUCAGCAGUAGUGUGAAACAUUGUGAAGAUUUUAAUUUCAGGAAGUAAAGCAGGAAUUUUGGGAUGUUAAA